UGUUAUACCACCAGAACCAUGGGAGAGAAGCUGUGCACACCCGUGAGUCCCAGAUAAUACGGAGCAGCAAUUUGCGUUACCCCCUGGGUGGCCGUAAGGUUAUCUUUCCUGGCAAGUUGACGAAGUAGGAUCUAGUCCAGAGCAAUGGAAAGAAAGGAACGAAGAGAGAGAAGCAUCAGUUGGUUGCCUCCCUCAUCAACCUGUACCAGGGAAUGGACCCACAACUUCAGUCGCAAGUGGAUGGCUUUUACACUCAUCAUUUUUAGUACUGUUCUAGUGGUCUUUAUAAUAAUAGUAUGCACUACAAAACCUUUUAAAAAUCCCCAAACUAUAAAAUGCUCAGGAAAAUGGAUUGGAGUAGGAUAUAAGUGUUUCUAUUUUUCUGAUGAUACCAGAAACUGGACAGCCAGUAAAACAUUUUGCAGGUCACAGGGAUCGGAACUUGCUCAGAUUGAUAUACCUGAAGAUCUGGAAUUUUUGAAGAAGCACACGGGAAUGAUUAUGCACUGGAUUGGGUUGAGCAGAAACCAAGGAGAGUCUUGGAAAUGGACAAAUGACACCACAUUCAAUGAUUGGUUUGAAAUUAGUGGGAAUGGAUUUUUUGCUUUUCUGAAUGCUGAUGGAGUCUCCAGUUCCAGGGGAUUUGUUGAUAUGAAGUGGAUUUGCAGCAAACCUAGAUUUUAAUAGAGGAAAAAACUGGGAUUCAUUCCUAAACCCACCCAGUCGGGGGUCCCAAUGCUCACUGCCAUACAGGCAAAACUCUGUAGAUAGAGUUCAGUGAGAAGAAAAAGGAAUAUUUUUUAACAACCAUACAAUUUAAAAUAAAGGUGACUUCUGCUCAAGAAGGCAGCACAGGCAGAUGGCUCAUCUCUUCACAAAACCACAACAAAAGUACAACUAAAAUGUAGAAUAACCAUCACUCAGGAACAUCAAAAAUCAAGCUGAAUGGUAGUAUAACCAUAAAAUCAAGUUGAAUGUAAAUAUGACAACUACAGAAUUAAAGAAAUCACAUCUAUCCAGACUGGGAGGAGUGCAGACAUGGAAUGGGCUGAUCCCACACCCACGUGUAUAAAAAUUCAGAGUGGAUAUCUCAGGAACGAGGAGUCUCAGACCGAAACCAGGCCCCUCAGCCCAAGAUUCCAGUGCCAGGAAGGUGAGCCCCCACAACUUCUAGCUGCAACCCAGUGGGGACUGAGUCCAUGGAGGAGGCUGCUGGAUCCCCAAGCAGUUCCUCUUCAACAAGUGCUCCUAGCUAGGCAACAUCCAGGCCUGGAUGGGGUGGCCAAGACUAGCCAGGGUGCAAAGCACAGACCAGCUAAGCACCUUCCCACACAUCUGUGUGGUAUGUCUGAGGCCCUGCCCAGGGGGUCAGAAUUUGGAACCAGCAAGUUCAGAAACAACCUACCCUUGCAAACACAUUAAGAUCCCAAGAACUGACACUGUCUCACAAGUUCACUUGUACCCACUCUGGGACAGCCAGUCC